CUUUUGUGGUAUUCGGUGAAAAGGCGUCGUCGGAGGAGAAUAACAUUGCGAAAAUAAACAGAUUUGAGCGGCUAUUCGCACUGAAAACUUGCCAGAAAGUGGCUAAAUAUUAGCUGGAGAGGCAGUGCAUCCGCCUGGAGCUGUGUGAGAUGAGUGAAGCCGCGAGUCGCAGCGAGGAUUUCGUUUAGAAAGAGUGCGCAAAACAAAGCUUCGGCCGUGCAUAUACAGAAACGCAGCCAUGGCGGCCCGGUUGAGGGUGGGAGUGGGUGGCAAUGGGAGUGUGGGGUUAGCUUUGGGAAUGAGGAAAAUACCGAGUUUGUUGGUUUUUGUGGUUUCCGUGGGGCUAUGCGUGUUCUUUCUUACCAGCGGAGCGCACGCCAACUCCCAGAACGCCAUCGAGGAACCAGCGCGACGCCACCACCAGCGCCAGCGCCAUCACGAGCACGACAAGGAGCGAGUGGAGGACAACGGCUACUGUGCCCCCUACAACGGCAAGGUGUGCAAGCAGUACAUUGUCGGUCAGGUGUGGUACAGCCUGGACGACCCCACGGGUGGCUGGAAGAACGAGCAGACCACCACGGCGCUGUGGGACGAACUGAUAAGCGACCUCACGGGUCUGUGCCGCGAGGCGGCCGAGAAAAUGCUGUGCGCCUAUGCGUUUCCCAACUGCCAUGUGGAGGAGGGCAGGGCUGUGAAGGCUCCACUCUGCUUCGAGGACUGCCAGGCCACGCAUUUGCAGUUCUGCUACAACGAUUGGGUGCUCAUCGAGGAGAAGAAGGAGCGCAAUAUGUUCAUCAAGAGUCGCGGCUCCUUCCGGCUGCCCAACUGCUCCGCUCUGCCGCACUACGACACCUCCAUGCGGCGGCCCAACUGCUCGUACAUAGGCCUCACCGAGAUCAAGGAGUCGGAAGUUAGCUACGACUGUCGAAAUGGCAAUGGACGCUUCUAUUUGGGGACCAUGAACGUGACCAAGUCGGGCAUUCCCUGCCAGCGCUGGGACACACAGCAUCCGCACAAGCACAUCCAGCCACCACUGGUGUUUCCGCAGCUGCUCGAGGGCGAGAACUACUGCCGGAAUGCGGGCGGAGAGGAGGAGCAGCCCUGGUGCUACACAGUGGACGAAUCCGUGCGCUGGCAGCACUGUGACAUUCCCAUAUGCCCCGACUAUGUGGAUCCCAAUGCCAGCGACCUGAAUACGCCCAUCAAGAUGGAGAAGUUUUUCACUCCCUCAAUGAUUUUCCUGCUGGCGGGGAUCGGUUUCAUAGGGAUCGUUGCCCUCCACCUGUUGAUAUUGCUAGUCUACAAGCUGUCCAAGCACAAGGAUUACUCCCAGCCGCCGGGAGGAACUGGAAACGGAACUGGUGCAGGAGGAGCUAUGGGUGGUGGAUCUGCUGGCGAUUGCAAUGCCUCGAUGCGCGGCGGCGAGUGCGGCGGCAACUUGGCCACCAGUCGGGAGACGCUGGGAGGCAACACGAACACCCUGGCCAAGUGGGGCACCAUCCGCAGCACAGCCACCAUCCACAGCAAUUGUGUGACCCUCACCACGGUGGCCAUCCAGGAUACGAAGGGUAAGCAGAAUGCCCGUCUGGAGAAGCUCGAGUAUCCACGGGGCGAUAUUGUGUACGUGCGAAGCCUCGGCCAGGGCGCCUUCGGUCGGGUGUUCCAGGCCAAGGCACCCGGUCUGGUGCCUGGUCAGGACGAUCUCCUGGUGGCCGUCAAGAUGCUGAAGGACGAUGCCAGCGAUCAGAUGCAAAUGGACUUCGAGCGGGAGGCCUGCCUGCUGGCCGAAUUCGAGCAUCCGAACAUCGUGAAGCUGCUCGGCGUCUGCGCCCUGGGUCGGCCCAUGUGCCUGCUCUUCGAGUACAUGGCGCCGGGAGAUCUGAGCGAGUUCCUGCGCGCCUGCUCACCCUUUGCCACCCACCAGGCUCAGCCUCGCGAUCGCCUGCAGCUCAACGAGAAGCAUCUGCUGCAGAUGGCCGCCGACAUUGCGGCGGGAAUGCUCUACCUGUCGGAGCGGAAGUUCGUCCACCGCGACCUGGCCACCCGCAACUGCCUGAUCAACGAGCACAUGACUGUGAAGAUAGCCGACUUCGGGCUCUCGCACAAGAUCUAUCUGCAGGACUACUACAAGGGGGACGAGAACGACUUCAUACCCAUACGCUGGAUGCCGCUGGAGAGCAUUCUGUACAACAAAUUCUCGCUGGAGUCGGAUGUGUGGGCCUACGGCAUCGUGCUCUGGGAGGUCUUCUCCUUCGCCCUGCAGCCGUACUUCGGGCUCACCCACGAGGAGGUCAUCAAGUACAUCAAGGAGGGCAAUGUUCUCGGCUGUCCGGACAACACGCCGCUCUCCGUCUACGCGCUAAUGCGUCGGUGCUGGAACCGUAAGUCCAGCGAGCGACCGGGCUUUGCCGAGAUCAAUCACUGCAUCCAGCACAGCAUAGCAGAGAACGAGUGCAAGGCAAUGCUCUAGAGCUCCAUCGAAUUCAAACAACAGCAAUAACUCCGUCGCGUUUCACACGUCUGCAAUGAAUCCGUAAUCCAUAAAUCGUAAACAGAAUGCUCGUCCGUUGUCUUCCGGGACAGGCCAUACAACGAUUAAACAUAUACAGCAAGACACUCUCUUAUACACACACACAUAUGUAGAUGAUUGAUAAAUUGAUAUUGAUUUCCCAGAUCAGAGGGACAGGCGCUGAUAACUCGCAAGGAAUUGAUUGUCUCCCAUUCACUGGAUGCUUCCACGUCGCAGCCUUCCGUAAACUCUGAUCGGGCUCUGGGUCUUGUUUGCCACAACGAAUGUCAGCCACGCCACUCAAAUGGUGCGCGUACUCAUAUCUAGUCCGUAGACCUAAGUUUUCCAUAUAACCAUAUGUAUGUAGAUUGCAUUUUAAUGGGUUUUUUACUAGGAUUAAGCAGGACACUCACAACUGGUAUGUGUGAGCCAGAAUCAAAGUGAAGUGAUCUCCCACACAUGGCAUUGUGCAACACUAAAAAGAAACACACACACACACAG